AUGGCUGAGGUGAAUAAAAACGAGGAACUGCUGAAGAAAGUUAAUAGCAAAUUUGUGGAACACGAGUCAACACUCAAGAUGAAGCAAAUCAGUCUAGAAAUUGAGUACGAGAAAAUGCUUCGAUUGUUAUAUCAUAGACGUCAAGACAUCAUUACUGGGAAAGUCACCCCAUUUUUAGAGGAAUCGGAACUGCACGAAACAAAGAAGGAAGAACCUAAGACACAAAUUUUGGUUCAAGAAAAAGACACGAAAGUUGAUGUUACAAACAAUGAAGAAGUGGCUCAACAAACAGACGCGCCGCACGCCACAGAACCACUUUCAGUGGAAAAGUGUGGUGUUCCAUUUUUCUGGGUACGGUUGCUGUAUAAGCUUGGUCUUUUUAUGUCGUACACCCCUUCUGAUGAUGAUUAUAUAGCGUUCUCUUAUUUGACGAACAUACAGACGACAACUCACCAACCAAUGUUUGAUACCUCCACGUUCUUAAUUCAAAUGGGAAAGACUGUCACUUUCACCUUCGACGACAAUCCAUAUUUCACUAACAAAACUCUUUCAGUGACUUUGAAGUGGAAAGAAAACGAGUCUGGCGACGAACCAAUCAAUUUUGGGAAGCUCCGCCCCGUCGGUAAAGUCCAUUGGAAGAUCAAUUUAGUGAAAAUCAAGAAGUCCUCGUUCUUCAACAUCUUUGAAAAGAGUCAAAUACAACCAGAAGACUUUAGUAAUGUCCUCGGCUUGUUUAGACUCAUCGACUUAAAGGCAAUCGACUACUUCUUUACUACUGCCUGA